UUAUUGCAGUCAUUUUUAUAUAAGUACAAUUUCUAUUUAAUAGAGGAUGAUCUGGUAAUGGAAACCAGGUAACCCCCGACAAUAAACGACCAAAUGGCCGAGAUCAGCCAAAGGGUUCGGUCAUUGGAGACGGUGUUGGAGGCCAACACGAAGCAGCUGGCGGAGAACACGAAGCAGCUGGCGGAGAACACGAAGCAGCUUGCGGAGACCACGAACCAGGUUGCGAGGAUGACGGCCUUGUUAGAGAUUUUCGUUAAGGGGAAGGCGAAGAAUGUGGCUGUGGAUGUGGCGUUCCCAGUCACAUCGGAGGAAGACCUGGUGGCUUUAGAUCUGAACAUAAGCUCAGGGUCUCAAGAACGCUACAGGUUGCGCAUAUCGCUGUACGGAAGAACAGAGGACAUGCGAAAGGCCCUAGCGGAGUACUACGCAGAGACGGAAAACGACCCACAGUUCGCAGCAGUCUGGACAGAAUUGGAGGCGGCAUAUCCAGACAGACCAGGUCAAGUGUAA